AACUUCCGGUUGUGCCUCCUCCACUUCCUCUGAAAACAACACCACGUGUGUGAAGAGACUAACGAGGAGCAGAGUGCUCUCCACAGGCUCAUUUAACGGCAUUCUAACCCGGUGUUUUCCGUUUAAUCAACCUCAGUUUGUGUUUGUUUGAAGAACAGAACGUCCGUUACAGAGACAGAGUACCAGUUCCCACCAUGAGUUUUGUGGAGUACUCAGACUGCAUUAAGGAUGGAGAUGUUGCCAUCAUCCACCUGGGCCAUGAAUCCACAAUGCCAGUCAAGGUGCAGCAAGGCGCUCAAACGCAGACACGCUACGGGGUUAUUCGUCACUCCUCAGACCUCAUCGGUCAGCGUUAUGGGUCAAAGGUCACCUGCAGCAAAGGUGGAUGGGUCCACGUGCUCCAUCCCACACCCGAGUUGUGGACGGUCUCCCUGCCGCACCGCACGCAGAUCCUCUACACCACCGACAUCUCCACCAUCACCAUGAUGCUGGAGCUAAAGCCUGGGUCCGUCGUCUGCGAGUCUGGGACGGGUAGCGGUUCCCUCUCCCACGCCAUCCUGCGCACCAUCGCCCCCACGGGUCACCUCCACACCGUGGAGUUCCACCAGCAGCGUGCGGAGAAGGUGGCAGAGGAGUUUAAGGAGCACCGGGUGGAUCACCUGGUCACAGUCAGGAACCAGGACGUCUGCAAGGACGGCUUCGGAGUAACCGGGGUGGCAGAUGCCGUCUUCCUGGACAUCCCCAGCCCGUGGGAGGCCGUGAAACACGCCAAGGCUGCUAUGAAGAGACACGGAGGUCGUGCGUGUUCCUUCUCUCCAUGUAUAGAGCAGGUUCAGAGGACGUGCGAGGCUCUGGCGGAUCAGGGCUUCCAGGAGAUCAGCACCCUGGAGGUCCUGCUGAGAGUCCACGAUGUGCGAACAGUCUCCCUGCCGCUCCCCGACUUCGGCACAGACCCCUUCUCUCCUCCAGCUGAGCCCAACAGCACAGAGAAAACCGCUCCCACCUCUGCUCCAAACCCGGCUUCCUUCACCUUGAAGACCACCACCCCACCCAGAGAAAUCCCGGGUCACACAGGGUACCUCACCUUUGCUACCAAACCAAGAACCUAAAGCUUAUUUUUCCCUUCAUGUUCAGCAGCAGUAAACAGGACGUGGUUUAUAAUCCGCCUUGCUCCAGUGCAUUUUCCUUGUAUAUUAAUAAGACUGUGAUAAUCCAGCGGGGGUACCAGGUUCCUCCAGGUCCCGGUUGGCACUGCAGCACCAAGAGGAUUUACAGACUUGCGUUACAUAAUUGAAAAGCUCCUGUCUCUUGGCACCGGUUUGUUGUUUGCAUCAAGCGCCAAACCAGGCUGAUUUCAUUUGAGGAGAAUAUACCUCAUGGCUUUUUUGGAUCAUGACUGAUUAGUUCCCUUUUUAAUCAGAGCUUACUUUUGUUUGAGGAGGAAAGUCUUUUAUUUGUUUCUAUUUUGCACUUUUGUAUUCAAGUCAGUACAAUAAACGUGUGAAAAGAUC